GAGAUUUGCUCGGGCCUUUGCUCGCGCCGAACCACAUGCGAGAACAUGGCGAGUGUUUUGUUGGGCGGCAGAAAACUUACCGAUUUACGAGUAGUAGAUCUCCGUCAGGAGCUCGAAAACAGAGGUUUAGAGAAGAGUGGAGUUAAGGCAGUUUUAAUAGAACGUUUGCAAAAGGCCUUGGAGCAAGAAGAAGAUGUCGAUGAGGAAACGGCAGAGUUCAUUCCCAUUGAUAGCAUAGAUGUUACCGGUGAUGAAGACGAAGACGUCACAGGAGACGAGGAACAGUUGCUCUUGAGUCCGUUCACAUCGCCCAAGAGAGAAAGUGGGUCGCAGAAACAGGCGAAAAAGACAUCUAUUACACCGAUUUUAAGUAAGUUAAGAUUCUUAUCGUAUGCAGUCGGGUAG